AUGCUAACUGAAGAUGAGUUUGAGACGGCGUUGGCUACGCUGUUAGAUAAGUACGAUCUGAGAAAGCACCCCUACAUGACCCAAAUAUACGACAUCAGAAAGGGACAGACUAAGCAUUUGCGGAAGAAGAUUGCUUACGAGAUAGUGACAAUGAAAGGGAACAAAGGAGCUAUCCCAGAGUUUCUGUAUGAUGUGAUCGUUGACUGA